GUGAUGUUUUUCUUCGGUGGUUGUCAUCACAGCAUUGUUGUUUUUACUCAAAGGGGAUACUUCAGGGAUCACAUGCGCUCUCUUCCUUAAUAAUAAACCUUUUCAACGCUUUAAUUUUCAUUUUAUACUAAGUUACCGAAUGCAGAGUUCACAAAAGUGAGUGAUCUGAUCGUUGGCCCUGACUUAAAAAAUGAGUGAGAGCGUCCACGCUGCGGGAAAAGACGGACAAACCUCCGGAGCCGCGGAGAGCAGCACCACCAUGUCGGAUCCGGAGAACUUGUCGUACGACGCUGACGAUCCCGGCGACGAAAGCGACGUGCUGGAUGCGUCGGACGCGAGAGACGGAAUGGGCAGCCCGGAGGAGCUCAACGACGACGAGACGUCCGGAGAGGGCGAGAACGUCCCGAAGACCUGCAUCUAUGACGGCUGCACGGAGACCACGACACAGGUGGCAAAAGCCAGGAAACCGUGGAUGUGUAAAAAACAUCGUAAUAAGAUGUACAAAGAUAAAUAUAAGAAGAAGAAAAGCGAUCAGGCCAUGUCAUCUGGAAAAAUGGAGGAGGGAUCGGAGGAGAGGCCUGUCUCUGUUACUAAGCAACGGCUGGGUACUAUAGGAGACAGACCAGCCAGACCUUCCCUCAUUGAGCAGGUCUUAAAUCAGAAGAGGCUGUCCCUUUUGAGGAGCCCAGAAGUCAUCAGCUUUCUACAGCAGCAACAACGAUUGCUGACCACACAGAACCGUGGUCAAACCCAGCAAAACUACUGAAGAGGUUUACCUAUGACUGUUGGGGAUUUUAAUGCAACCAUGUUUCAAAGACAUUUUAAAUAGGGAAUGUUGAAAUGGAAACUGUCAGCAUCCGUCACCUGCACCAUCAUUGUGCAUGAGCAGUGGAGACUCUUUGACAAAUCAUCAGCUAUGUUUACUGUGUGAAAUACUACAUCUAAUGACAUUUUAAAGUGGUUUUAAAAUAAUUAUGAAAAUCAUACACAGUGGCAGCUGUUGUAGAACCCAUUUUAUACUAAUUAUUGUUUUAAAAUGAUUAAAUGUAUUUAUAUGUAAUGAUUUUAUAACUUUCAUUAGUAAGUGCAAACAUUACCAUAUCGGUAAUUAAUGUACAUCCAAAUGUGAAUCAUGUGAUUUCUGAAUAACAAUCUAAUAAUUUUUAUUGUUAAUAUUGAAAGCUACUAUUUAUGUGUUUUUUGGUUUAUUUUGUGAGUAUACACACACACACAUUUGUUGAAUCAUCUUUAUUAUUAAUUUAAAAAUGAGCAAAGCUGGAAGUGGUAAAGAGUGAUCAAAUAAAGUUUUUAUUAAAACACUUAUCCAACCACACAACUGUUUUAGACAGCUUAUAACUGUACCUCCUGGCUAAUCCUACAUGUACCAUAAACAUCCACUGAAUUAACAGAUAUUUUCACGAGACAGCAUAAUGUAGCUAUAAAAGUCAUUCCAAGUCCUCUUUAUCCGUGGCCACGAAUGCAUCUAAUGCAUUAUGACACAGAGGAAAUAGGAUUGUGUGGGGAUCCCAUUUGGGUCAGAACCUUGUCGAGCCAUUGCAGUGGUCCGUGAAGGUGGAUUUCUAUCCAGCAGGGGGUGCUGGUGACAUCCUGACGGUGAUACUCUGCUCCCCAACCCUGAAAAACAAGAUGAUAUAAUUAUUCAUCCCAAGAAUUCGUGCACUUGUAAGAUUAGCAGGUGUGAAUAUAUUAUAAUACAAACAUAGUUCUGAAAUCAGCAAGGAUUUAUAUAAUUGUGUCAUGGAAAAGUAAGUGCACAUAACCUGAAAUUAAAGGGGUUGUAUUGGAGAACAAACCUGUGAACAUUUUCAUUCCACUAGUGUGUGGAUGUGUUGUGUAUGCAUAAUAAAGUGGGGUGGGGGUUUAUCCUA